AUGACGAUGCCUUCCCGAUCGACCAAACCAACCGUCGCUCAGGAGCCGAGCGCCACAUGUCCCGAAACAGCGCGAGUUGACCCAGAUGAGAUUGUAUUUGCGCCUCAGCGAACCAACUUUUCCUCAUCCCGAAGCAAACUCCUCGAUGGAGACAAGGCUGCCAAGGAGCUAGAACACGGCCGAUUCGGUAUUCGCAGUUCCGAAAAUGAUCGUGCACGCGACGGUCGAGGCAACACGCUUCGCCGCCGCGGUGAUAGUGACUUUGAUGGCGAAGGGUGGAGCACAGUGAAGCCACGCAAAAGUUUCGGUGCCGAUGGUGCAGAGCGCUUUUCUGGCAAAAUGGGCGGCAACUAUCGCGACGAAGUCAAAUCGAGCGACCGCGACGGGAACAAAGAUCGCCAAAGCAAAAACACGGAUCCUCUUAGCCGCGACAAGGACAGGGAUGCCGAUGGCCGUGCUCGCAAUGGCCUAGGCAGGAAAUUGGAACCCUGGAACAAGUCGGAAUCCAACGCCGAUGCUGCCACGCCCGAGCGACGAGAUCGUGACCGGACAAAGAGUUGGCGAGAUCGCGAUGCAGAGGCCUCCGCAGAAAACAACCGGGGCGGCGAUAGACGCUGGGGAAGAGACCGCGAUCAGCGAGCAGAACGCGAACCUGAAUGGUUCGACGAACCUGCCAAAGACCAGCGCGAUGUCCACACCCAACAGGACUUCCAAAAGUGGAUGGAACAAAUGAAGAAAGCUAAGAACGCUCAGGAGAACCAAGCCUCUGAGGCAGCCGAACCCGAGAAACCCGCCGCCGAGUCUACUCCUGUUAUUGAACAGGGUCCGGACAAGUUUUUUAUGGCGUUCGGUGGCGGAUCUGCCAUCGAUACCCAGCGCCAGGUUGAACAGGCAGAAGGGACCAACAAGCCUAAAACAAUUGGUAAAUCGUCCCGUUUUACGUCAUUCUUUGGCGGCGGCCAAGAAGAACCUCGCCAGCGUACAGAUUCAUCAACACCGGCGACAGCAGCACCAUCGGUGCCUCCCGGAUUCGGCAUUUUUAGCGGGAUGGCUCCCGUUAGCGGCCGCGGCGCAUCUGCUGGUCCUGAGGACGAGAAGCAAGCGUUUGCGCAGUUGCUUGCCAAGUUGCAGAAGCAGACUGUGAGCGCCACGCCACCUGGUCUCUCAAUAUUUUCACCCCCGCAACAAAACCUCGGUGACAGUGGGAAGAAGAGCGCUGUGGUUUCGCCGGAGCCCUACCAGCAGCAAUAUGGCAAUGAGCGCAGAGAAGGGCCUACAGCCAGACCCCAGCAGCAGCAGGAAAUCCAUGCCCCUCGUCCUCAGCAGAACACCGCCCGCCCCGACCAACUGCUCCAGGACCUUGUUGGUCACCACCAGCGCGCUUCUAGUCAAAGCUCAUCACAGCGUGACCCCUCGAUGAACAAGAACAACAGCAACGCCGAGUUCCUCAUGAACCUCAUGCGCGCAGGCCCGCCCAACGCCCAGCGCGCGGAGCACCUGCAGAGCAUGAUGGCGCAUGGUGGACACUUGCAGCAAAAGCCGUCUUCCAUGUCUCCCAUGAAUGAGCGCGACGUGCACGCCCAUCAGCAGCAGGGCCGUCCCGGCCCGCCGCCAGGAUUCCCCGUCCUCGACGAUUCGUUCCGCUCGCCCGACCCUGAAUUACGACCGAACCCGACGCAAAUCCUCCAGCGACCACCACCUCCCCCGGGUCUGGACCAUAUGCCGCCCAACUGGCUGCCCCUUCCGCCAGGCGUCGGUCCGCCUCCUGGCCAGCGUGGCGGCGGAGGAAGCAAUGGCCCUCCCAUGCUUCCGCCUCCCGGGCUCCCGGGCGGCCCUCCCAACCGCAACAUGCCCAUGCCGCACAUGUUCCCGCCCAACUUCCCCCCUGGUGCCAUGCCGCCGCCACCAAUGCCCGAGAUGCGCGGCAGCAUGCACAUGGCUCCGCCGGGCUUCUACAAUGCGCCGCCGCCGCUUCCUCCCCACCACGGCUUCGGCCUGCCGCCCGGCAUGCCCAACUACAACGGCCCGCCUCCGCCGGAUCUGCGCGCCUUUGGCAGCCCGCCCUUUGACGGACGCGGCAUGGCCCCCCCGUCGCAAGCUGGCGACCGCAACGGUGGCGGCUACGGCCGUCAGUAA